GGACAAGCGGUAGAAAAUGGAUGAAUGGAAUGUGAGUGUGAAUGGUUGUCUGUCUAUCUGUGUUGGUUCUGCGAUGAGGUGACGACCUGUCCAGGGUGUACCCUGCCUUCCGCCCGAGUGCAGCUGGGAUAGGCUCCUUCCACCCCGUGACCCCAAACGGGACAAGCGGUAGAAAAUGGAUUGAUGAAUGUAAUGUGAGUGUGAAUGGUUGUCUGUCUAUCUGUGUUGGCCCUGCCAUUAGGUGGCGACUUGUCCGGGGUGUACCCUGCCUUCCGCCCGAAUGCAGCUAAGAUAGGCUCCAGCGACCCCCCGCGACUCCGAAAGGGACAAGCGGUAGAAAAUGGAUAGAUGAAUGGAAUAUGGGUGUGAAUGUUGUCUGUCUAUCUGUGUUGGUCCUGCGAUGAGGUGGUGACUUUUCCAGGGUGUACCCUGCCUUCCGCCCGAGUGCAGCUGGGAUAGGCUCCAGCAACCUCUGCGACCCCGAACGGGACAAGCGAUAAAAAAUCGAUGGUUGGAUGUAAUGUGAGUGUGAAUGUUGUCUGUCUAUCUGUGUUGGUCCUGCGAUUAGGUGGCGACUUGUCCAGGGUGUACCCUGCUUUCCGCCCAUGUGCAGCUGAGAUAGGCUCCAGCCACCCCCCGCGACCCCGUAAGGCACAAGCGGUAGAAAAUGGAUGGAUGGAAUGUGACUGUGAAUGUUGUCUGUCUAUCUGUGUUGGUCCUGCGACGAGGUGGUGACUUUUCCACGGUGUACCAUGCCUUCUGCCCGAGUGCAGCUGGGAUAGGCUCCAUCAACCCCCGCGACCCCGAGAGGGACAAGCGGUAGAAAAAGGAUGGUGGAUGAAUGGCUUUAAAGAGAUGACGGCCUCUACUCCAAGGACGGUGUUGUCGCUGUACAUGCGGGUCUUUCGCGUCGCACGGACCUGGCAAGCGCACAGUGGAGUGGCGAGUGACACGCUGACCGAGAGAAAAUACAUACUUCAGGAGGCGCGCACUUUGUUCAGACAGAACCAGCACGUGAUGGAUCAAGAAACCAUAAAAAGAUGCAUUAAGGAAUGUGAAGCUCGGAUAGAAAUAGGUCUACAUUACAAGAAUCCAUACCCGAGGGCUACAUACCUCCCACCAAUGGGUCUGGCCACUCUGAAAGGCAGGAAGCUGCGAACACAGCAGCGCCUGAGGAAGCAGGCCAAGCCAAUUUACUUACAGUCACACGACGAGACCUGAUACCCUUCCAUCCACGCCGAGUCUUCCAGUUACCAAAGCAAGGGAAAAGCUAGAAUGCUAUCACAAGAUGGUCCCAUGUGUCGCUGUCACCCACUGACCACUCUUUAUAAAGACACUUUUAUAUGAUCGUUUUCUUAUUAUAUAAACAUGUUUCUGUUUAAAACCAUGUCUUGGCAAAAUCUUUGUUUAUUUGUAUUUUUUUCUUUUAAGAAAAUGUUGAAUUAAAGAAGGAUAUCAAUCUGCAAAGCAGAUAAAUGUUGUACUAAAAAGUUACGGGAAAAAUAGGCAAACGGGUGGCUUUUAAUAUGUUAUGGAUUUACUGAAAGGAAAAAAAAAGUACUAGGGGUAACACGUUCAAAGCAUGAGAAUACAGUUGAAAUAUUACAAGCAUAAAGAUGUAACUUGGCCAGAAAAAUGAUUAAAUGAAGUCACCUUAUUACGCUAGAGAAACUAGUUUUACAACAAUAAAGUCAAUAUAUGAGCAUAAAUGUGUGCCUUAGUUGUGAAAUCACAACUUAAUUUAUACUUUACAAAUUAAUUAUUGUAGUAUUAACUUUUGUUUGACUCAGUAUUUUAUCCUCACAAUGUUACAAGUCUUAAAACUGUCAUGUAAUUUUUUUCACAACAAGGUGUUUGUAUUGUGCUUUUUAUUAAAAAAAGUUACACAUUGCAGAUUCUUUACAAUAAAUGUUUGCUUAACAUGCACUGGGGCUCUGUUUCAGUUAUCGAAGCAGAAUA